AUGAAGAAGCUGAAAAUUUUUAACGGUGAAGAGCGCAGGAUGUUUUUGAAGUACUCGAUAACUAUAAUUUUUUUGCUGAUUCUUCUUUCUAAUAUGGCAAGUUCUCGCGACAACUCGCUUCCACCUCAUUUCAAGCUUAACUCUGCUCUCACGUGUCGCCUAGUGGGAGGAUUGACCAGGGAACAAAGAGCCGUUUGUCAUGAAGUACCCGACACGGCGGCGGUUGCCUUCGAGGGCCUUCAAAUGGCGGUUAAGGAAUGUCAACAUCAAUUUCGGUGGCAUCGGUGGAACUGUUCCAGUCUUCUGGGAAAGAGCACAAAUCCUCAUGCAAGUGCUAUUAUGAAAAGAGGUAUUCGUGAAGCGGCCUUUCUGUACGCAUUAACAGCCGCGGGAGUGGCUCACGCUAUAGCGCGGGCUUGUGCUCAAGGCCGUUUGUUGUCUUGUGGCUGUGACCCCCUCGGAUACCGAGCCUCUCACGACCCCAGGGGACGAGCGAGGGUCAACAAGUGGGAAUGGAGUGGAUGCUCCCACAAUCUAGGAUACGGUAUCGAGUUCUCCAAGAAGUUUCUCGACAUCAGGGAGCACGUUGACGAUCUGCAGUCGAAGAUUAAUGUUCACAACAAUAACGCUGGAAGAUCGAUACUUUCGUCACAUAUGGAAGUCCGUUGCAAAUGCCAUGGAUUAUCAGGAAGCUGCCAGUUGCGGACGUGUUGGCGCACUACACCAGACUUUCGAGUUGUGGCUUCCACCAUCAAGAGGCAGUAUCGUAAAGCACUACUAGUAGCUCAAGAGGAGCUCAACAAUGGAAUGUCGGUGCUAAGAGGAAGACCACGCGGAAAGAGGCGAAGUCGAGCGAAACCAGCGCCGAAAACUAGCUUGCUGUUCUUUGAAAAAUCGCCUAGUUUCUGCGAACCAGACACAAGAAUGGACUCUUCAGGAACAUCAGGUCGUAUUUGUAGAAUUGGACGGACCUCGCGCUCCGGUUCCUGCGAUUUGCUGUGUUGUGGACGUGGCCAUGCCCUCAUUCGUAGAUCAAGCAUCAAGCCUUGCAACUGCACAUUCCAUUGGUGUUGUAGAGUUGAUUGUCAGAAGUGCCAUGAUGACAAGUGGGUGGCAAUUUGCAAAUAA